AUGAAGCCUUCCAGCUCGGUCAUGGAUGUCACCAAGCCCGGCGACGAGCGCAGCCGGGGAGAAGGGAUCAAGGCCGUAGAGGAGCUCGGCAGCAUGCCCAUCAUCUACACUCCCUGGCUCAAUAAGGGCACUAAUUUCUCGGAGUCUGAGCGACGAGAGAAGCACCUGGAUGGGCUGUUGCCACCCGUGAUUGAGACCUUGGACGAUCAGGCUGCCAGGUUGAUGACCCAGCUGCGGAACGAGGACCUGACCAACCUGCAGCGCAACAACAUCCUGAAGCAGAUCAUGGCGACCCACACCACCCUCUUCUACAAAGCUCUGAUCGAGAACAUCGAGGAGCUGGCCCCCAUUGUGUACACCCCCACCAUCGGCGAGGCCUGCCAGCGAUGGAGCACCCUCUUCCGCGAGCCCCUGGGCAUGUACAUCUCGGCCUUCCGCCACCGCGGUCGCUUUGACGAGGUGCUGGGCAACUGGCCGAACAAGAAUGUCCAGAUCAUCGUCGUGACAGACGGCUCCCGCAUCCUGGGCCUGGGGGACCUGGGGACCAACGGCAUCGGCAUCAGCAUCGGCAAGAUCGCGCUGUACGUUGCGGCGGUGGGCUUCCACCCGGAGCACUCUUUGCCCAUCGUUCUGGACAUGGGCUGCAAUCGGAAAGAACUGCGCGAGGACGGGCUGUACCUGGGCGAACGCCGCGAGCGCCUGGAGGGCGAGGAGUACUACGCUGCCAUCGACGAGUUCUGCGCCGCGGUCAAGCGGCGCUGGCCGCACGCGCUGCUCCAGUUCGAGGACUUUGAGACGAGCAAGGCCUUCAAGAUCCUGGAGGCGCAGCGCAGCGCCAUGCUCUGCUUCAACGACGACAUCCAGGGCACGGGGGCGGUGGUCACCUCGGGGUUCAUCAACGGCAUGAAGUACCAGGGCACGCGCCUGCGCGACGCGCGCGUCGUCUUCUACGGCGCCGGCUCCUCCGCCGUGGGCGUGGCCAAGAGCAUCGUCACCUACAUGCACAAGACGGAGGGCAUCAGCGAGGAGGAGGCGCGGGCCUGCAUCUACAUGGUGGACUCCAAGGGGCUCAUCACCGACACUCGCGGCGACGAGCUGCCGGAGCACAAGCAGGAGAUGGCGCGGCGCGAUGGCGUGCCCGACAUGAAGGACCUCCGGGAGAUCGUGGAGUAUGUCAAGCCGCAUGCGCUCAUUGGCCUUUCCGCCGCGGGGCCAGUCUGGACCGAGCCCAUCGUGCAGGCGCUGUGCCAGGGCACGGAGUCGCCCCUGGUGUUCCCCCUCUCCAACCCCACGCCCAAGGCCGAGAUCAGCGCGGAGAACGCCUACUCCUGGAGCAAAGGCAGGUGCAUCUUCGCCGGAGGCUCCCCAUUCAAGCCGGUAAAGUACGAUGGGCAGACCUUUGUCCCCGGCCAGGCCAACAAUGUCUUUGUAUUCCCAGGCAUUGGGUUCGGCGCCAUCAUGGCCAAGGCCUCCUCGGUGAACGACGAGAUGUUUGUGGCGGCAGCGGCGGGCCUGGCCGACGCGGUGUCUGAGGCGGAGCUGCGGGGCGACAAGCGCCUGUACCCGCAGAUCAGCAACCUGCGCCAGGUGUCUCUGGACGUGGCCGCCGCCGUGGCCAAGGCCGCCUGGGACUCGGGCGUGUCGCAGCUGAAGGAGGCACCUGCCGACUGGCGGGCGUACGUGGAGGAGCGGCAGUGGUGGCCCGACCAUGCCUCCAAGCAGUCGGCCGCCACGGCAUGA